GGUUCGAGGGCUAAGGACGUUAAAUAGUGGCAAUGCGGUCAGUAUGCCUAGUAUUUCUGAUAUUUAUUGUACAACAUGUUUGUCCGCGCUCCGGAUUUGUGUUCGAUCAUAAAGAAUGCCUGACAUCAGAAUACACGUGUGGAGAUGGCGAAUGUAUUUCCAAGACUAGAAUAUGUGAUGGCAUUAAAGAUUGCAAAGACGACUCAGAUGAACAUCAUUGUGAAAUGUAUCGUUGUGAAGAACCGGAUUGGUACCGUUGUGCAGAUGGUGAAUGCAUUUCAUCUAGCUUCAGAUGUGAUAAGUCAAUGGACUGCCCUUCAGGAUCCGAUGAACAAAAUUGUGAAGAUUUUGUUUACACACCACCCUCAACUAAUCAUUCAUGUGAACACAAUGAAUGGAUGUGUGCUGAUAGAAUGUGUAUACCUCUCGAGUUUGUGUGCAAUGGAGAUUUUGAUUGCAUGGAUAAAUCUGAUGAAGACAUGGGGUGCAAGGAUCAGCAUGCAUGUGAUGGAUUUCGCUGUCGCAAUGGACAUUGCAUAAGUGAAGAUUGGGUUUGUGAUGGCGCAAUUGAUUGUGCAGAUGGUUCUGAUGAAAUAGAUUGUGAUUCUAGACCUGUUACUUUUAUGUGUAUCUUGGAAAAAGACCACUACCCAUGCCGUGAUAAUUCAAGUUGCAUCCCAAUAAAUAAAGUCUGUGAUAAUAUACCACAUUGCAAAGAUAAAUCUGAUGAAGGGGUUGGGUGCCAACAAGAUUGCACUAGUCUAUCGUGUGCCAAACACUGUGUAAAGACUCCAGAAGGCCCUCGAUGUGUUUGCCCCUCUGGUUUCCAUAAUCCCUUAAACAGUGACUUUUCUCACAUGCACAAGAAUUGGCAAUACAAUAACAAUGAUAACUGCACUGACAUAAACGAAUGUGCUAUUCAUGGAAUGUGCAGUCAAAGAUGUGAAAAUACUAUUGGUUCUUACAAAUGUUUGUGCGAUAUGAAAUAUACACUUUCAAGCGAUAAAAAAAGCUGUAAAGUUAAUGGUGGAGAAGCCUUGCUGCUGUUCAGUUCCAGAUCAAAUAUAAGAGGUUUAUAUUUAGAAUCAAAAAUUCUUUUCCAAGUAAUCAAAAAUCAAAGACAAAUCAUAGGUGUGGAGUAUGAUGGUAAUCAUGUGUAUUGGACUGAUGUUCAUCUUGGAACUGAAUCAAUUUUACGUUCUCUAGAAGAUGGCAGUCAAAUGGAGGUUCUUUUAACAUCUGGUUUGUCAGCACCAGAAGACUUAGCAUUAGAUUGGCUUACUGGAAAUAUUUAUUUUACUGAUGCUGAAUUAAUGCAUAUUGGCGUUUGUUCCAAUGAUGGCAAACAUUGUACAAUUAUAGUAAAUGAAAACAUACACAAGCCUAGAGCAAUAGCAUUAUAUCCUGGACGAGGUCAAAUGUUCUGGUCUGACUGGGGUGAUAAUCCACAAAUUGCCACAUCUUCCAUGGACGGUUCUUCACCUAAACUGUUUGUAAGCACCAAUUUGCAUUGGCCAAAUGGUAUAUCAAUUGAUAUUCCAAAUAAGAGACUAUACUGGGUGGAUGCAAAACUGCAAACGAUUGAAUCCAUUAAUUUAGAUGGAACUGAUCGUCGGAUUGUACUUAAAGGUGUCACCAAACACCCAUAUGCUAUUGCUAUAUUUGAAGAUCAAAUAUACUGGAGUGAUUGGGAUUCGAAAAGUAUACAAUCAUGCAAUAAAUUCACAUGCAAAAACCGUGUUACAGUGGCUAAAGAAUCCAAAGAAUAUAUUUAUGGAAUUCACAUUUACCACAGCGCCCUGCAGCCCAAACAUGAUCAUCCAUGUAUGAAAUCGUCUUGCAGUCAUUUGUGUUUAAUAAAAAGUGCACAUGAAUACUCCUGUGCUUGUCCAGAAGGUAAAGAAUUGUCAGCUGACAAAACAUCUUGCAGAGAAACUCAAAGACAAAGUGAAUUAAUUAUUGGAGCUGGAAAUUUAAUGGUUAGUUUGAUGCAUCAGAAAUUAGGACGACAUGAAUUACAUGGUGUUCCAAUGAAAAUUAAUAUGGAUGUCUUAACAUAUAAUAGCUUAAAUGGUGAAAUAAUUGUGGCUGAUAACAAUAAAAAAUUCAUAUACACUGUGGACAUGUAUACUACCAAAUCAUCUCGUCUCACUGAUAUUAAAUCUGGUGAAGUGGAAGCCAUGCAUUUCGAUAAUCUUGCAAACAACUUAUUUUGGAUUGAUAGUGUUCAGCAAACGAUUGAAGUACUUCAUCUUGAUACUGGCGUUAAAGGAUUUAUUUUACAUGGUUUAGGAGAUCAAGUACCAGUUGGAUUUGCUAUUGUUCCAUCUCAUGGGAUUAUGUUUGUUGCUUUUCGAUCACACGAUCAUACCCAUAUUGAUCGUAUGCUACUGGAUGGAAGUGGAAUCCGAACCCAUGUUGUGGAAGAUGGUUUAGGUAGAUGGGGAAAAAUUUCUAUGGUGUAUGAUCAUGAUCUACAACGCGUUUUCUGGGCUGUCGAAGAAACUGGCAGAAUUGAAAGCUCUUCAGUUGAUGGUGAUGACAGACAUGGCUUCAGACAUACGAAAGAUAAACCCAUAGCAAUUGCAAUUUUGGGAAAUGAUCUAUUUUGGACAACAGCAGGCAAUAGACGUUUAUAUUGGGCAGAUAAACAUAAUCUUGGUAAUGGAUUCAACAAAAAACUAACUAUAGAUAUUGAGCGUAACUUGAAAUCUGUACCUCUGACCGCUAUAACACCACGCACCAUUUCAAAUCAUUUGUGUAUUCAUGAAAAUGGAGGAUGCUCUCAUAUUUGUAUUCCGAUGAUGCAAGGAAAGAUUAGUUGUCAUUGUCCAGUUGGAUUAUCUCUAGUGCCUCCUUACAACAUGAGCUGUGAAACAAUUAUUCACUGUACUGGAGAACAAUUCAGGUGUUCAGAUACAAACAAAUGUAUACCUAUGAUUUUACGAUGCAAUGGAAAUAAAGACUGUGAUUUUGGAGAAGAUGAAUCUGAUUGUGAACGUUACAAAGAUCGCCAGUCCUGCGCUGUAAAUGAAUUUCAAUGUAAUGAUGGUAUUUGUAUUGAGUAUCACUACAAAUGCGAUAAACAUUUUGAUUGUCCAGACAAAUCAGAUGAAGAAAAUUGUGAAAACUAUGUAUCUUCUUCAAAAUGUACACACGCACAAUUUGAAUGUGCAAAUGGGCAAUGUAUUGAUAACAGAUUAUUAUGUGAUGUCUUACCGGAUUGCUUAGAUGGCAGCGAUGAAAAAAUGUGUGAUCAUGUCACAUGUGAAUCUAACAUGUUCCAAUGUCAAUCUGGUUCCUGCAUACCAUCAUCAUGGGAAUGUGAUGGAGAAAUUGAUUGCACAGAUGCUUCUGAUGAACAUACCUUCUGUGAGCCAAACACAUGCAAAGACAAUCAAUUUACUUGUACUAAUGGAAAAUGUAUUGAUAUGGAUUUAAAAUGUGAUCAUGAGGAUGACUGUGGAGAUUCAAGUGAUGAAAUAAGAUGCCCUUCUAAAGAAAAGGAAUCAACUACAGAAACUGAUUUUAUUGACCUUAUUACAUGUGAACCUACUCAAUACACUUGUGAAGAAAGUGGGGCCUGUUUGCCAGAAAUAGCAAGAUGCAAUGGUACUGCUGAAUGCAAAUAUGGUGAAGAUGAACGAGAAUGUACGAACUGUCAACUUGAUGAGUUUACUUGCAAUUCAGGUCAAUGCAUACAACGCAAAUGGGUUUGUGACAAAACACGGGAUUGCAAUGAUGGUUCUGAUGAAACAAGUGAAAGUUGUUCUGCGGUUACAACAGUGCAACCGGUGCAUUCUCAAUUUCUUCCUGUGUGUGAUGAAGACAGCUUUCGAUGCAAGUCUGGUGGAUGUGUUGAUUUCUUAUUUGUUUGCAAUGGUAUUCCAGAUUGUUUUGAUGGAUCUGAUGAAAAUGGUGCUUGCAAUACAUCAUGUGAUGCAAUUAAAUGCAAACAUAAAUGCAGUCCAACUCCUAAUGGUCCCCAAUGUUCUUGCCAUGAAGGAUAUCACUUAGCAGGUGAUCAUUUAUCAUGUACUGAUAUCAAUGAGUGCAAAGCGGAAUUGCAACAAUGUGGACAAAUUUGCACAAACUCCGCAGGUUCUUUCCAUUGCUCAUGUUAUCCAGAAUUUAUGCUAAGAUCUGAUAAAAGGAGCUGCAAAGCUACUGGAGAUCAAAUGUCCAUCUUAUAUUCCACAUCUAAUCAAAUUAGAGAACUAACAUUAUCUCCACCUUCUGUUAAAAUACUAUUCAAUCGCAAUAUACCAAAAAUUCUAAGUCUGGAUGUUUCAAAGCACACAAGUACUCUAUACUUCUCCUUGCAUCUCAUUAGUCAAAUAUACAGAUUGGAUAUUAAGAGUGGUGAUGUCCAAUAUAUUAUGAAUAUUGGAAAACCAAUGAAACUUGCUGUUGACUGGAUAACUCAAAAUAUUUACUUUAUCAGCGAGGACGAUUUACAUAAAACACUGCGAGUUUGCCACAUAGAGAAUGCUGCAUGUGCAAUUCUAAUGAAGUUUGAUAAAAAUAUAGCUGUACCAGAAUUAGUUGUGGAUCCCAUUAGCAAAUACAUUUUCUACACAGUAACCCACUGGUGGGUGUACGAUAAUCCUAUAACAAUCCUAUACAGGGCAAAUCUGGAUGGCAGCCAUGUCAUAGAACUACGUAAUGAGAAAUUAAACUUAAUAAGUGGAAUUGGUAUCGAUCAUCAUCAAAAAACAGUGUACUACUGUGAUAAACACAAAAACACAAUUGAAUCAGUAUCAUACAAUGGCUCUGAUCAUAGGAUUCUUGUAAAAGAACAAAAGCUGCUCACUGCUCCAAAUGGUUUAGAUGUUUUUGAAAACUAUGCUUAUACUUUAGUGUAUGGAUCCACACGGAUGAUAAAAUGCCGUCUGUUUGGAAACUAUGCUUGCACAGUUAUUGAUGCUUAUAUUUCCAAUGCUGAUUCCUUCAAAAUUAGUCAAUACUCUAAACAACUCCUACAUGAAAACGCUUGUGAAAAUUCAAAUUGUAUGUAUUUGUGUGUUCCUGCUGACUCUGGCCCUAAAUGUAUUUGCAAAAAUGGUCUUAUGAUAGCACCAGGUAGCUCCUGUGUUGAUGAUAUGGAUGAUCAUCCUCAAUUUGGCACUAUGGCAUCAAAUGAACAAUCCACAAGUGUUGCAGUUCCUAUAUUUCUAUCCCUUCUUUUAUUUGGUGCUGUUGCAGGAAGCAUUUUUUAUCUUUAUAAGAAAAAACAAGAAAAUCGUGGAUCGAUAUUUAGAGGCAUACGUUUUAUAACUCCUGCUUAUGGGCAACAAGGCAAAUUAGGGGAACGAUCACCAGCCAUGAUACAAGUUUUAAGAAACUUACAACCAGGAAAGUUGUCUGGUUUUCAAGAUAAUCAAGAACCUAAAUUUAAGCAACAAUAUCCUGAUCUAAAUGCUGACUCUGACUCAGAUAUAGAGGCUGAAAAACAUCAUGAUAAUGAUACUGCAAAACUCAUAUAUUGAUUAUUGUGAUAUUUAACUUUUAAAUAAGAUCGUAAGCCUAUCUUAUUUGUCUUUGUAAUAGGAACUAUUAAUAAAGUGUUAAAU